AUGGCAAAAGGUAGUGGAAAAACUUUGGUGCAGUGGCUGGUAGCAGGAUUGUUCAUAGCCUUAUUGGGAGGUGCACAAGCUGUUGUGCUGUGUAACAUAGACUCAGAUAAACUAAACUUGUGUCGUGCUGCAGUUACUGGUCGAAACCCUCCACCACCAGAUGAAAAAUGUUGUGGAGUUAUUCGCCAAGCCAAUUUACCUUGCCUUUGCAGUUACAAGUCUAUCCUACCAGCACUUGGAAUAAACUCCAAAAAUGCUUUGGCCUUGCCGGGUAAAUGUGGUUUGAAGAAACCUCCUAAUUGCUGA